UUUGCCACAGAAACGGAGUCCUUUUCAACUGGUAUAGGAAGCAAAUCGAAGCCAUGCACCAAGUUUUUCAGCACUUCUGGAUGCCCGUUUGGUGAGGGAUGUCACUUCCUGCAUUACGUUCCUGGUGGCUAUAGUGCAGUGACACAGAUGACAAACCUGGGUGGAAAUCCUGCUAUGCCUCCCAUUGCGAGAAAUCCCAUGGCCCCACCAACAAUUCCUGAUGGCCCUCCUACUGUCAAAACACGGAUCUGCAACAAAUUCAACACUCCAGAGGGAUGUAAGUUUGGUGACAAAUGCCAUUUUGCUCAUGGUGAAUUGGAGCUUGGCAGGCCAAUUGUCCCAACCCAUGAAGAUCCCAGAGCAAUGGGACCAAUGGGUGGCAGGUUAGCUGGACGGCUUGAGGCACCACCACCAGGCCUGGCUGCUGCAGCCAGCUUUGGUGCAUCAGCCACUGCCAAGAUCAGUGUGGAUGCAUCUCUUGCAGGAGCCAUCAUUGGAAAAGGUGGGGUAAACUCAAAGCAGAUUUGUCGCCUCACUGGUGUCAAGCUUUCCAUAAAGGAGCAUGAAUCUGACCCAAAUCAACGAAACAUUGAACUCGAAGGAACCUUUGAUCAGAUCAAACAGGCUAGUGCAAUGGUACGGGAACUCAUCUUCAACAUUGGCUCUGCCGCAGGUCCCGCUAAAAAUCCUACAGGUUCAGCCGCUUCAGCAAACAAUUUCAAGACAAAGAUGUGUGACAACUUUGCCAAGGGUUCAUGCACCUUUGGAGACAGAUGCCAUUUCGCUCAUGGAGCUAAUGAGUUGCGGAAGCCAGUGGCUUAAGUAUUUGCAUUUCCUUUAAACUAUUUCAUCGCCUUCAAGAAAGAGAUGAGGUAUUUCUCAACAAUAUGGUAUGAUAGUUUGGUUUCUGUUCUUUCGGCCCCUCUUUCCUCCAGUGAGAUAUUGUGACAUAACAUGCUUGCUAAAUUAAUCAUUCAUUUGCUAAAUUAAUUAAUCUUCCCCA